AUGGCAUUACAGAUAAAUGAUUUAACAGAUAUAAGUCAAAUUAUAUUAUACUAAAAUCAACAAGACGCAGAUAAUUUAGUAGAUUAUUUAAAAAGAAUAGAAAAUUGGAGAUAAACUCCAGAAGUUUAGUUAAAAGGCGUUUAUAUUAAAGUAUUAAUUAAACCAAAGUAUACUGUAAUUGAUAAGAAAUGGAAAAAUAUUUGCAUAGCUAUUAAAGUUGCUAAAGAUAUAAAUGAAAUUUCUUUACAUAAUUUAAAUGUUAUUAAUUGUCAUUUAUAAAGAAAAAACGGCUUUAUAAGAAAAAAUAGCUUUCCUUUACAUAAAAAUCCACUUUAUUAAGGAAAAUAAAGUGAAAAAUUUGGACAAAGAGAAAGAUGA